UUGUUGAGCCUCCGCUGAAUGACUGAUGGUGACGGCUUUCUCCAGCGCGUGCGUGUCGUUGGUCCUGACAGUGAGUCACGUCCUGCUCCUGUUUUCCUCUCGGAUCAUCUGACACGUGUAAAACGCUAAAGUCACCGUUUGUGUUUGUGUCUCACUACACGUCCCGUGUUCUGGCGCUGGUGUGAGUUUCCAGUCGGACAUAAUUUGGAAAACACUUGUGAAGUCACACGUGUGGCUGCCCGGGGUCGUCAUCGAGCUCGAGUGGAGACUGAAAAAGAUGCCAAAGAAAAGCAAAACUCCGAGUGUAAAGAGACGGAUCGCUGACCAAGAGCAGCCCGCUGUUAAACGAAGCAAAGAGGAGCAGAGCGACACUUCACCCCUUUGCUUCCAGAGCCCAGCCACACUGUUCGAGAGCCUCAUCCAGCCAAUGGGGACAGACCAGUUCUUCUCAGAGUAUUGGGAGAAGAAGCCUCUUCAUCUGCAGAGGUCUGAUCCUGGCACAGCCUCGUACUACCAGUCUCUGUUUCAGCUGUGUGACCUUCAGAGCCUGUGUUCUCAGGGUCUCGAGUACUACAGGGACAUCAAUGUCGUUCGCUGCGUCAACGGCAAGAAAAAGCUUCUGAACAAGGAAGGCCGAGUGAAGCACAGUGUUCUCAAUAAGAUCAUAAGUCAGAACAAAGCCACCGUCCAGUACCACCAGCCGCAGAGGUUCAAGGAUGAGCUGUGGAGGAUUCAGGAGAAGCUGGAGUGCUUCUUUGGGGCUCUGGUGGGCUCGAACAUCUAUAUCACCCCAGAGGAGUCACAGGGCCUUCCACCUCAUUAUGAUGAUGUAGAGGUGUUUAUCUUGCAGCUGGAGGGACAGAAACAUUGGCGUCUUUAUAAUCCUACUGUUCCACUGGCAGCUGAAUACAGCGUGCAGUCGGAGGACAGUAUUGGCAUCCCAACUCAUGAUAUUAUACUGAAGGCUGGAGAUCUGCUGUACUUUCCUCGGGGAACCAUCCAUCAAGCCAGAACCCCAGCAGGAGUGAACUGCUCCAUUCACUUAACUCUCAGCACCUACCAGAGAAUGUCAUGGGGAGAUUUGCUGUUGGACGUAUUUCCCAGCUUACUGUGUGACCGCAGCAGGAGGGAAGUCAGACUCAGAGAGGGGAUGCCCAGAAGACUCAUACUGAGCAGCAGUGCAGGCCUCCACACCAACAAGCGGCUGGCCGCCAGCCUCAGAUCUCUGGCUGACCAGAUGGAAACUGGGACGCAGGAACUCGGCUUCACUCACAUGAAGAGAGACUUCAUCAUGAACAGACUACCUCCUUACUGCCAGCAGCAGCUGUCUUCACCAUGUAUGUUAUGGAUGCAUUCAGAUUUUUCAGUGAUGUACAUUUGUGCAUGUAAACAUGUGGUGUGUGUCACAGCUGGGAAGAGUCCUGCCUUGGAGGAUACAGUGAUUCUGACCUUUAAAGACCACAUGGUAAUAACAGUGGAGCCCCGCCCACAGAGCACAGACGACGUCACAGAGCUGGUAGUAUUUGUCUUGCAUUCUUUGAAGAACCAGAGGGAAGGUCACAUGAUGGGCGACAGCUGUGAUGACCAGGAAGAACGCAGCAUCUCCACGGGCUUGCAGUUCCCCCUGUCCUACCUCCAGGCCCUGCAGCAGCUCCAGCUGGCAGAGCAGCUGGUUGUUGCCCAGCUUCAGCUGCCCACACAGGAGGACAAACUCAACCUGGCCCUUGCUCUGUGGAGUGAGAACCUGCUGCGUGUCCUGUAGUUCACCUGCAGUCAGCUACUGAUGUACACCUGAUUGUUAUCAAAACGUCGUAUUUGUGUUUGACCUCUUUUCCUGAAUAAAGGUGGUAUUUAAAGAUUGACCUUUACAAAGUUUUGACAGUUA